CUUUAUUCAUUUUAUUUUAUUUUAUUUAUUUAUUUAUUUUUUUUUAGUCCCAGCUGCUUUUCUGGCUUUAUUCAUUGGAGCAGUGGUGCCAGGGCGAGGGAGGACCGUGCGCAACAGCUGGGGAAUAUAUGGAGAAGGGAUCCUCGCAGUCUGCAGCUGCAACCACAGUUUAAGCUCAGUCGGGUUUUUUUGUUUUGCUCAGUAGAGAAAAUGAAAUCUGCAGAAGAGGAUGCAUACGGCUAUACGCCAAACGUCAGCCUCACCCUGCCACUGGGCAACCCGUGCCUCCCCUCUCAGUACCACAGCCUCCACUCCAGCCCCACUGUGUCUGCCUCGGUCACAGAGCCCCACAGCUUUGACUCCCAGGACAACAUGAGAGCACCCGGCUACUUUUCAUCCUCUAACAUCCGUCCAAACGGGGCCCCAACCCUGGAAAGUCCUCGCAUCGAGAUCACGGCAUACGGUCAGUUUCCUGAGGAUGAGGUGGAGGAGAGCAGCCUUCCUGUUGCCAAGCGAGUCAACUCCAUCGUGACGCUGACCCUCCCCAGCGCAGACGGUUACCGUGACCCCAGCUGCCUGAGUCCGGCCAGCAGCGUCUCGUCCCGCAGCGGCCUCUCCGACGCUUCCUAUGAGUCCAGCUUCUCCUACAACUAUGACAACUCGCCUCAGAACUCCCCCUGGCAGUCCCCUUCUGUGUCCCCCAAGGGCUCCACGCUCGCCCUUCCAGGUGAGGGUGGCGCCUCUGGCAGCUCUCCCCGUCACUCCCCCUCCACCUCCCCUCGUACAAGCAUCUCGGACGACACCUGGAUGGGCCUGCGCGGCUCCCGGCCCAAUUCCCCAUGUGGAGCGAAGAGGAAGUACAGCUUCAACGGCGGAGCGUCGAACAAACACUUUCCAUACUCACCCAACCACUCUCCUGGACCGUCCCCUCAGACCUCCCCCCGCCUCAGCAUCACAGAGGAGAGCUGGCUGCCCAACACCAACCAGUACACCAACUCCGCCAUCCUGGCAGCCAUCAAUGCUCUGACUACGGAUGGGGUGGCCGACCUCGGAGAGGGGAUUCCUAUGAAGGCCCGAAAAACUAGCCUAGAGCACAGCCCCACAGUCAGCCUGAAGGUGGAGCCCGGAGGUGAGGACCUGGGUUCAGGGGAGCUCUGUCAGGACGAGCAUCCUGCAAACCGCCUGACCCUCAAAAAGGAGAGCUACUGCAGUGGCUUCCUGGAUGUGCCGCAACACCCGUACUCCUGGUCCAAGCCGAAGCAGUACGUCAGCCCGUCUCUGCCAGCCCUCGACUGGCAGCUCCCGUCCAGCUCGGGUCCAUACAGCCUGCAGAUUGAAGUACAGCCCAAGUCCCACCACCGGGCCCACUAUGAGACGGAAGGCAGCAGGGGAGCGGUGAAGGCUUUGGCAGGAGGACACCCGGUGGUUCAGCUCCACGGCUACAUGGAGAGCGAACCUCUGACCCUGCAGCUGUUCAUUGGCACAGCUGACGACAGGCUACUGAGGCCCCACGCUUUCUACCAGGUCCACCGCAUCACGGGCAAGACAGUGUCCACCCCGAGCCACGAGGCCCUGCACAACAACACCAAGCUGCUGGAGAUCCCACUGCUGCCAGAGAACAACAUGCGGGCCAUAAUCGACUGUGCAGGAAUUCUGAAGCUGCGCAACUCUGACAUAGAGCUGAGAAAGGGCGAGACGGACAUCGGUCGGAAGAACACGCGUGUGCGGAUGGUUUUCAGGGUCCAUAUCAACCAGACCGGUGGCAGAACGGUGUCUUUGCAGGCUGCUUCAAACCCCAUCGAGUGCUCCCAGAGGUCGGCCCAAGAGCUGCCGCUGGUGGAUAAGCAGAGCCUGGAGACGAGUCCCGCCCCCGGAGGGGAGAUGAUGCUCCUGGAUGGACACAACUUCCAGCACGACUCCAAAGUGGUGUUUGUGGAAAAGGCUCAAGAUGGUCACCACCUCUGGGAGACGGAGGCCAAGGUCGAGAGAGACGCCUCCAAGCAUAAUUCGCUUCUAGUUGAAAUCCCUCCGUACAGAAACCAAAGACUGUCCACUCCCGUCCAUGUCAACUUCUACGUCUGCAACGGGAAGAGGAAAAGAAGCCAGUACCAGCGCUUCACCUACGUCCCCGCCAGCGUCCCGACGAUAAAGACGGAGCCUCAUGACGACUUUGACGCCCCUCUGCUCUGCGCCCAACAUGGCUCCGGCCUGUCCUUGCACCCGAAGCCAUUCUACCCCCCACAGGCCAUGACGCCCAUGAUCUCUGACCCCAGGCCCCGUGUCGUGGGCGGAGCUUACCCUGUCAGCCCUCCGAGACUGGCAGCCAAGCCUUCCUCCUCCUCGCCAAGCACCAGCCCCAAGCUGCACAAUCUGUCGCCAUCCCCCUUUUCCAAGUGCCUUUCAGUCCAACAACCCCCGACCUCCCACGUGUCCAUCAUCCAGGAGACUCCUGGGUACUACCAGCCCACCAGCCUCUACCCCCCCAGCAGCUCCUCUUCCUCUCCAACCUCUCAGCCCUCCACCCCGACUGACAGCCGCUUCUCUCCAACCCACGGCUUGACGCCGGCCCAGCCGGUCAGCGGUGACACCAGCCCAGGUACCCAGCAGCUCCCCAAGGUGCUGGAGAGGAGGCGGACCUCUCUGCAGGAGGACGGAAGCCCCCCGAUGCCAGCUGUCAGCAUCAAGCAAGAGCCACAAGAGCUGGACCAGAUGUACCUAGACGAUGUCAAUGAAAUCAUCAGGAACGACCUGUCGAGCAUCUCCGUCCACAGCCAUGCAUAGCCCGCCCCCUCCUCUCCACCCUGCCAACAACAUGGAUGCAACAGCAGGAAGUCAAGAAGGGAAGCGGCUUUGACACGAUUCUUCCUGCAUGCUUGGACUGCAGCAUGCAGAAAGGAGAAAGGCGGAGAUGACCAGGGUCCAACGCGUGCCUUGUGCUUCACAUUCAUAUAAAUACUGCCUUUAUGUAGAAAUGAUCCCAGGAGUAGAUCCCAUGGCAGACAUGUGGACUGUAGCAACCCCAACCCCCUCAGAGAAGGACCAACGUUGUCUUUUUGCAGCAGUUUGUAAAUGAGUUGGUGUUAUUUGUAUAUACAGUAUGUGCAGCGUUUCAGUCAUAUCUGGCUUUUCAGAAAGAAAAGUGCCUUUUUAACUGGAAACUUACCUGAGUUAUGCUUAAUGUCUUCAUACUCAGCAUUUAAAAUGAAGUACUUUUUUUAUGUCAUGAAGACAACACUUAUUUAAAGUUUAAACACCAAAAUGUUGCCGUUCAAACCAAAGAAACAACAAAAAGUCCUGAAUGCACUCAAACAGAAUCAGUUCAAGAUUUUUACCUGUUUUUUUACAGCACAAUUAUGGUUUGGAGAAGUUAAUUUAGACAUGUUUCUGUAUAUAUAUAUCACAUAUUCUGUAUAUAAUAGAUGGAUUAAUACACCAUGAUGGAUUAGAGUUAGCUGUUAGUUUGCAAACUCAUGUUUUGAACCCUGAAAUUCUGCGAUUUGGCCGGCAUCAUGUGCAUAUGUAGAUUUGAUACAAUGCACUGCUGUUGGGUGACGGCUUGUCCGUCACAGAUCUGCCCCUUAUUCAUGCUUUAAUCUGGUGUCAUCAGUACUGCUUUUAAGUUCCGAUCCACCUUUUAUUCUGAAUAUUUCCAGGAAAAUAAUAUAGAUGCAGCUGAUGUGGAACAACCCAAGUCGGUCCAGUUCUAAAAAACUUAAAGUGAAUUUUUUUAUUCUUCAUCUCAGUCUGAACCCUCUUAGAGAAGCUUUCUAUCAUGUCUUUCAGUAGUCCGGGUUCUGGAGAGGAUCCGCUCCUCCAUCAGACCUGCUGAGGUCCGGGUUCUGGGGAGGAUCCGCCCCUCCAUCAGACCUGUUGAGGUC